AUGGGGAAGGAAAGUAUAGUAAAAGUUGCAGCGAUGGGUAUUACAAUAUUGUUGUUAUCCAUUUUGCAGGUGACAAUGGCGGUGAAGCAAACAUACAUCGUUCAAAUGGCUGGAGACGAACGGCCAAAGAGUUUCCCCGAUCACUCGACGUGGUAUGUCUCGUCUCUGGCGUCUGUGUCCGAGACAGCCGAGACGAGUUAUAUUUACGAGAAUGUUUUUGAUGGCUUCUCCACCAUCCUCACUUCCGAGGAGGCUGACCUGAUGAAGGGCCUUGAGAGGGUGAUAUCUGUUAUCCCAGAGACAAUCCACACGCUCCACACAACCCGGACCCCUCGGUUUCUUGGUCUCGAAUCGAGCUCACUCCUUCCGGAUCCCCAACUUGUGAGUGAAGUCGUUGUUGGGGUCCUGGACACUGGCGUGUUGCCACAACACCCGAGCUUCAGGGACGAGGGGCAGCUGGGACCCAUCCCGAGUAGCUGGAAAGGGGGAUGUGAAAGGACAAUCGAUUUCCCGAAAUCCAGCUGUAACAGGAAAUUGGUUGGGGCGAGGUCCUUCUCGAAAGGGUACCGAUAUUAUCUCAAUUACAGUGGGAAUAAGAAUGGCGAGCCAAUAUCCCCACGGGACUACGAUGGCCACGGGACCCACACCGCAAGCACUGCUGUCGGGUCCCUUGUCCAAGGCGCCAACCUGCUGGGCUUUGCUAGCGGGACGGCGCAGGGGAUGGCAUCCACUGCUCGGGUCGCAUCAUACAAAGUCUGCUGGAACCCGGGUAUGGACCGUGUCAUCAAAGAUGGCGUCCACGUGUUGUCGUUGUCCAUUGUUGGCGGUCCAACUGAUUACGACGAGGAUGUGUUCUCACUUGGAGCUUUCGCUGCAACUGAUAGAGGCAUCCUCGUUUCGUGCGCCGCAGGAAACGAUGGCCCCGACCCGUACAGCACGGGAAGCAUUGCACCGUGGAUAACGAGCGUCGGUGCGGGGACCCUUGACCGCGACUUCCCGGCAGAUGUCAUGCUCGGGGACAGAACGAGUUACGCCGGCACCUCACUCUACAGCCUUCGAAAGCCACUGUCCGGUGAUCUCGUGUACGCUGGAUAUGUGAGCAACAACGGCAGCAAUCUUUGCAUUAACGGGACCCUCACCCCAGAGAAAGUUAGAAAUAAGAUUGUGUUGUGUGACCGCGGGAUGAAUUUAAGAGUUGAGAAAGGCGCAGUGGUGAAAGAAGCUGGGGGUUUAGGGAUGAUUUUGGCUAAUACUGACAAGGAAGGGGAGGAGCUGGAAGCAGACGCUCACAUGAUCCCGGCCACGAUGGUCGGCGCAAAGUCGGGGCGUGGGAUAAGAAGGUAUUUGUUGUCCUAUAGAUCCAAUGCCAAGGCCACUUUGUUGCGAGGGAUAACUAGGGUGGACGUCAAGCCUUCCCCGGUUGUCGCAGCCUUCAGCUCUAGGGGACCCAACCUUAUCACCCCCGAAAUCCUAAAACCGGACCUCAUUGCGCCCGGGGUGAACAUCCUAGCUGAAUGGACAGAUGCUGAUGGUCCCACCAGCUUAGAUAUCGACAAACGCAAAGUCCAAUUCAACAUAAUCACUGGCACGUCCAUGUCGUGCCCCCACGUCAGCGGCCUCGCGGCCCUGCUAAAGGCGGCCCACCCUGAGUGGAGCCCUGCCGCCAUUCGUUCGGCUCUCAUGACCACGGCUUACUCCAAUUACGAGGACGGGAGCCCGUUGCUGGAUGAAGCCACCAACAACGCGUCCACCCCAUUCGAUCAUGGUUCCGGGCAUGUGUCCCCUAUCACCGCCCUCAACCCAGGCCUAGUCUACAACCUAACCACGAACGAUUAUUUGAACUUUCUCUGUGCAAUAAAUUAUACUUCUUCUAGAAUCAAGACCCUUGCAGGGAAAACAACAAAAUUCCGUUGCCAGCCCAAAAAAUCAUACAGCGUCAACGACCUCAAUUACCCUUCCUUUGCAGCCACCAUUCCCCCAUCUGGAAAUUGUAAAACAACCGUGGUUUUUAGGAGAACACUCACAAACGUGGGAGAAAAUGGGACGACAUACCGAGUCUCGAUAUAUUCACCAAGACCGUCAGCCACGAUUUCUGUUACUCCUAAAACAUUGGUUUUCGGCCAAAAGAACGAAGCAAAGUCUUACAAGUUGACGGUGGUAGCAACCCAGAUGUCGCCCGGUACAAACGCGUUCGGCAGAAUCGAAUGGUCGGAUGGGAAUAAUGUGGUGGGGAGUCCAGUUGUUGUGACAAUGGCGGUGAAGCAAACAUACAUCGUUCAGAUGGCUGGAGACGAACGGCCAAAGAGUUUCCCCGAUCACUCGACGUGGUAUGCCUCGUCUCUGGCGUCUGUGUCCGAGACAGCCGAGACGAGUUAUAUUUACGAGAAUGUUUUUGAUGGCUUCUCCACCAUCCUCACUUCCGAGGAGGCUGACCUGAUGAAGGGCCUUGAGGGGGUGAUAUCUGUUAUCCCAGAGACAAUCCACACGCUCCACACAACCCGGACCCCUCGGUUUCUUGGUCUCGAGAAAUCGAGCUCACUCCUUCCGGAUCCCCAACUUGUGAGUGAAGUCGUUGUUGGGGUCCUAGACACUGGCGUGUUGCCACAACACCCGAGCUUCAGUGACGAGGGGCAGCUGGGACCCAUCCCGAGUAGCUGGAAAGGGGGAUGUGAAGGGACAAUCGAUUUCCCGAAAUCCAGCUGUAACAGGAAAUUGGUUGGGGCGAGUGGGAAUAAGAAUGGCGAGCCAAUAUCCCCACGGGACUACGAUGGCCACGGGACCCACACUGCAAGCACUGCUGUCGGGUCCCCUGUCCAAGGCGCCAACCUGCUGGGCUUCGCUAGCGGGACGGCGCGGGGGAUGGCAUCCACUGCUCGGGUCGCAUCAUACAAAGUCUGCUGGAAACCCGGGUGUUUCGAUUCCGACAUACUGGCAGGUAUGGACCAUGCCAUCAAAGAUGGCGUCCACGUGUUGUCGUUGUCGCUGGGUGGCGAUCCAACUGAUUAUGACGAGAAUGUGAUCUUAAUUGGAGCUUUCGCUGCAACUGAUAGAGGCAUCCUCGUUUCGUGCUCCGCAGGAAACAGUGGCCCCGACCCGUACAGCACGAAAAACGUGGCACCGUGGAUAACGACCGUCGGUGCGGGGACCCUUGACCGCGACUUCCCGGCAGAUGUCAUGCUCGGGGACAGAACGAGUUACGCUGGCACCUCACUCUACAGCCUUCGAAAGCCACUGUCCGGUAAUCUCGUGUACGCUGGAAAUGUGAGCAACAACGGCAGCAAUCUUUGCAUUAACGGGACCCUCACCCCAGAGAAAGUUCGAAAUAAGAUUGUGUUGUGUGACCGCGGGGUGAAUCCCAGAGUUGAGAAAGGCGCAGUGGUGAAAGAAGCUGGGGGUUUAGGGAUGAUUUUGGCUAAUACUGACAAGGAAGGAGAGGAGCUGGUAGCAGACGCUCACAUGAUCCCGGCCAUGAUGGUCGGCGCAAAGUCGGGGCGUGGGAUAAGAAGGUAUUUGUUGUCCUAUAGAUCCAAUGCCAAGGCCACCAUUAUGUUGCGAGGGAUAACUAGGGUGGACGUCAAGCCUUCCCCGGUUGUCGCAGCCUUCAGCUCUAGGGGACCCAACCUUAUCACCCCCGAAAUCCUAAAACCGGACCUCAUUGCGCCCGGGGUGAGCAUCCUAGCUGGAUGGACAGAUGCUGAGGGUCCCACCGGCUUAGAUAUCGACAAACGCAGAGUCUUAUUCAACAUAAUCUCUGGCACGUCCAUGUCGUGCCCCCACGUCAGCGGCCUCGCGGCCCUGCUAAAGGCGGCCCACCCUGAGUGGAGCCCUGCCGCGAUUCGUUCGGCUCUCAUGACCACGGCUUACUCCAAUUACGAGGACGGGAGCCCGUUGCUGGAUGCAGCCACCAGCAACGCGUCCACCCCAUUCGAUCAUGGUUCCGGGCAUGUGUCCCCUAUCACCGCCCUCAACCCAGGCCUAGUCUACAACCUAACCACGAACGAUUAUUUGAACUUUCUCUGUGCAAUAAAUUAUACUUCUUCUCGAAUCAAGACCCUUGCAGGGAAAACAACAAAAUUCCGUUGCCAGCCCAAAAAAUCAUACAGCGUCAACGACCUCAAUUACCCUUCCUUUGCAGCCACCAUUCCCCCAUCUGGAAAUUGUAAAACAACCGUGGUUUUUAGGAGAACACUCACAAACGUGGGAGAAAAUGGGACGACAUACCGAGUCUCGAUAUAUUCACCAAGACCGUCAGCCACGAUUUCUGUUACUCCUAAAACAUUGGUUUUCGGCCAAAAGAACGAAGCAAAGUCUUACAAGUUGACGGUGGUAGCAACCCAAAUGUCGCCCGGUACAAACGCGUUCGGCAGAAUCGAAUGGUCGGAUGGGAAUAAUGUGGUGGGGAGUCCAGUUGCUGUUAGUUGGAUCAACGCUACUCAGGAUUAA